AUGACAUCCAACGAUGUGCGCGACAUUCUCUCCCUACCGGAGCGAUCGGGCUCUCGCCCCUCCUCCUCAGCACACGCAUUCUCCUCAUCAUCCAAACCGCGCAAGUCAUCCAGCUCGAACAACCCACAUCCAUCCACUGCAGCAUCCGCCUCUCGUUCCAAGCCCAAGUACGACGGCAUGACACGAGAACUCUUCGCCCUUCUCGGCGACAACGCCCCCACGCUCGCAAUGACACAUGGGCUCGACGCCGAGGGAAAACCAGGUAUGGGAAUGGGAGCGUUGUUCAAGCCCAAAUUCAAGCGUCGCAAGGAGAAAGUGAGACAGUGGCGAUGGACUCCUUUCCUCAACUCGGCUCGUGACGAUACGCAGAUCGAUGACGAAACGCCAGAGAUCAACAACGGGCUCGUGCUGCAUCAUUGGGCACCUGCUAGUCAGUCGACAGCAGCGGCAGCGGCGGCGGCGGCGGCAGGAGACGGACAGCUGCUCGAAGACGCUGAUCCGGAGACAAAGUAUCAGUACGCCGAGUUCAACACCAACUCCGGCGUCUACAGCUACUCGAACGACGAAUACAUCCAGCACCUACGAGACGAUGACUGGACCAAAGAAGAGACCGACUAUCUCAUGGAGCUCUGCACCGCCUACGACCUACGCUUCGUAGUCAUCCACGAUCGAUACGACUGGGCAGCCGCCCAACCUUCGUUCCUCGCCGGAUCCGCCUCGGCCAUCGCACAACCGGCCAAAGAGAGGUCGAUGGAGGAUCUCAAAGCACGCUACUACGCCAUCUGUCGACGACUCAUCCGGUCUCGGAUCUCGACCGACGACGUGGAAACCCGACAGAUGCUGCUGAGCACCUACGCCUUCGACAAGCAGCGCGAGGUGGAACGCAAAAAAGCAGUCGCGCGGCUCUACACGCGCACACCGGAACAGCUAGCAGAGGAAGAGGCGUUGUAUGUGGAGAUUCGACGCAUCGAACAAAACGAAGCCAAAUACGCAUCCGAACGCGAAGAGCUUUUGCGUUUGUUGGGAGGAUGGGAGAGCCUGCCGAGCUCCAGUCCGCAUGCUGUCGCAGCUGCAGGGUCGGGUAUCGCAAGCUUGUUGGGAGGUGAAGAGGACCCGAGCUCCAAAGGUCGUGCCGGUGGUGCCAACAAGAAGCGCAAGCUUCAGCAGAUCGAAGACAUCGGCACGCCGGGAGCGGAAGAUGCUGCUACCGCUGCCCCCGUCGUGCAGAGACCGUCAGCGAAUUUGACGAGCAAGCAACGCGCAGAAUUGCGUCAGGCGCAGUUCGACGAGAUGCAAUGCAUCGUCAGAUUCACCCCCAACUUAGCUACCACCGAGGCUCUCUCCGCCGCGGGCAUCCCCGCCCCACCCACCGUUGCAGCCGCUCAAUCCACACGACCUCCCUACGCCCAUCUCGUCGGAACCGCAUCCACCCUUCCCGCCAUCACCACCAACCCCGCCAACCCUACUUCCGGUCACGGCGUCUACCUGCGCUCAUCUCGAAUGCUCGCGCCUCGACCGAAUUUGGUGCUGAAAACAACCCAGCUUCUCGCGGAAUCCGAUCCGCCAGUGGCACCGAGAUUGAUCUUCCCUACGGCCAAGAAUGUGGAGAAGUGGGAGAAUCUGAUUGGAGCGGUGACGACGGGGUUGGAGUUGAGGAAGCAGCUGGAAAGGGUGAAUGCCGAAUUGAGGAUUGCUAAGCAGAGGAUUGCGCAGGCGGUGCAGCAGGGGGCGGGGAAAGCUACGCCGAGCGGUGCAGAGGCCGAGACUGAUACGGUCACCACGGCGGAUCCGUCAAACGGUAGUCUCGCUGCUACCGCUGCGGGCCAAGGUGACGAGGUGGCCGUCAAGACCGAGUAA